GGAGGAAACAAUGAUAGAUAAAGCCGAACUUUGUGCAUCAAAAUCAGGUGAAUUGUCCAAGAAAACUAACAAAUAUUAGAGAAAACCAAAAGAGAAAUCAAGCCAACCUCUAUUUACAUUUCUUCCUGUCUCUCUUUCUCCUUGAACGUUCCUCUCACAGAUUUUUCCUUGGCCUUGGCCUGCUUCUCUGUUUUGGUCGCCUCUUUUGAGAUACCAUGAAAAGUGUCCCAGAACCUUCAGAUUCUUCCUGCAAUGGUUCCCAGGACACUGCCAGAGAAGAUCAAGAAAAUGCAGCUAUUUCUGUUACAGGCAGAGCAUUAAAACGAUAUGGGUUCUCUGACUCUUUUUCAUCUAAUGAAUUUGUAUCCGAAAUGAAAUCUGUGAAUUUAGAGCAGCAGGAGGGUGUUGUAGAAUCCUCUCCGAGAGGAGUUCUAGAAGACUGCACGAUUAGCUUAGAAUCUGAAACACCCUCCAAAGACAGCACUAAUAGCUUAGAACCUGAAACAGCCUCCAGGGCCAGCACUUCAGGAUCAGAGGUUGCUAUUCAUUGGCGCGAAUUCUUUCGUGGAUUGAGGAAGGGAGCUGCAAGACGCAUUCAAACCUUUCCUCCUCCUAAAAAACAUGCUCCUAAGCUUACCCGAAGUAAAACCAAAAGAAUUAGAGAAGAGUUGAUUCCAGUUAUAAGUACUCCUCUGGAAACUGAUCUCUACUGUCUGAAAUCUUCUUGGAGAAAUUUUGCACUCUCAGAAAUAAAAAAUGCAACCAGUAAUUUCAGUCCUGAAAAUUUGAUUGGAGAAGGAGGCUACGCUGAAGUUUACAAGGGACAAUUAUUAGAUGGGCAGCUUGUUGCUAUAAAAAAGCUGACCAGAGGUUCCCCAGAAGAGAUGACUGUUGAUUUCUUGUCAGAGCUUGGGAUGAUGGUUCAUGUUGACCACCACAAUAUUGCUAAAGUGAUUGGCUAUGGAGUUGAAGGAGGGAUGCAUCUCGUGCUUGAAUUGUCUGCCCAUGGGAGUCUUGCAUCCAUACUUUACGGGCCAAAGGAAAAACUGGACUGGGGAAUCAGAUACAAAAUUGCUACCGGAACUGCUGAUGGCCUGCAUUAUCUGCACGAAGGCUGCCAAAGGAGAAUUAUUCACAAGGAUAUCAAGGCUUCUAAUAUAUUGCUUACUGAGGAUUUUCAGCCUCAGAUUUCUGAUUUUGGGCUUGCAAAGUGGCUACCUGAGCACUGGACUCAUCACACUGUAUCCAAAGUUGAAGGGACAUUUGGUUAUCUUCCUCCUGAGUUCUUCAUGCAUGGCAUAGUGGACGAGAAGACAGAUGUUUAUGCUUAUGGGGUGUUACUAUUAGAGCUCAUUACUGGAAAGCAAGCAAUUGAUAGUUCUCAGCAAAGCCUUGUGAUGUGGGCGAAACCUCUGCUUAUGAAGAACAGUAUCAACGAUCUUGUGGACCCAACUCUUGCAGGUGCCUAUGAUGAGGAACAGAUGGAAGUUUUGGCCCGUGUAGCUUCUUUCUGUAUACAUCAAUCUGCAGUGCAACGACCUCAAAUGAACCAGAUUGUAGAGAUUCUAAAGGGAAACAAGGAAGUCUUGGAAGAGGUAAAAGAGAUGCAGAACUCUAUGCACCAAAGGACAUACUCCGAGGAGCUCUUUGAUGCAGAAGAAUACAACUCAACAAAGUACCUGAGCGAUAUGAGUAAAUACAUGGAGGUUAUAAUGGGCGAAGGUGAUGAGAGUUCCGAGAUUGCAGAAGCUGAAAGUUAAAAAAAAUUUAACCAGGUUGUUUAUUCAAUGUAUCUGGGUUCCUGAUAUUGCUCCCACAAGCGAAAUGUGGAGCUAAAAUUCACUGAGAUGGAGACAAUAUCACAGGAAUACAACAGUUUUGAAGAGGUUAAAGCUGUGAAUUAAAAUAGCAGACAGACCAAUUGAUGUAGAAGCAAUUGGACGACAUAGAUAUUUGUUUUGCUAUGAAGUUGAGUAUAUAAGGCUUAAUCUUGUAAUAGAUAAUUUUAUUUUCCAUUUUCAAUUUACGUGGAGAAAAUUAAGAU